ACCAACCUCGGAUAUAAGCGACACUGAUGAAUUUUCUGCUGAUGACACCCUUGAUGGUAACGAAACUCUCAGUCACGCAACUAUACCUGGGACGUCAGCGGGACCUAAGCCACGAAAACGACAGAAGAGGCGCGCUGAAAGACAGGAGAGUAUUGACCAGGCGCUAGCAAAAAUGAUCGCUAUCAACCAGUUGCCUUUGGCAUUCGCAACCAGUAAAGGAUUUAGGCAUUUCAUGGACGUCGUGGAGCCAAGCUACAAGACACCUUCUAAUGCUAAGCUGAAAAAUCGAAUUAAACUUCUGCAUGAUCACUUGAAACAGAAGGUAGCAUCUCAGAUUGACUCAGCUACAGCUGUUGCGCUCACCUCAGACUGCUGGACAUCAAGGGCGCAAGAUUCCUACAUCACAGUGACUGCGCACACUUUGGACAGUGAGUGGAAGUCACAAGCGUUCACUUUAGCAACGGAGGCUAUGCAAGAGCGGCACACGGGAGAAAAUAUCAUGCAGCGAAUGCAAGAAGUCAUCGCGGUGUGGAAGCUGGAUGGCAAGGUGACGGCUGUUGUCACUGAUAACGCAUCUAAUGGCAUUAAAGCAGUCAAUGCACUGCGAGGCAUUUUAGAGCCGAAUGACGUGACCUGCUCUGCCCACAGUCUCCACCUGAGCAUCAAGAAGGCACUGUCCGACAAGGAAAUCGAUGGGCUCUGCCAGAAAAGCGGAAAACUGGUCGCCCACUUCAGACAUUCGACCAUCGCCAGCGACCAGUUGACUAGGCGACAGGAGCUGCUCGGCUUACCAACAGAGCGCCUGACGCAAAGCUGCCCGACAAGAUGGAGCUCUACUUACCAAAUGCUCGCAAAGCUCAUCAAGCAUCGGCCUGCCAUUCAAAGUGUUCUUGCUGACCGAGCAAUUGUCACGGCAAAUUCAGCGCAGAAUCUUGAGAUCAGUCAGCAAGAAUGGAAUGUCAUCAGUGAACUUUGUGAGGUGCUUGAGCCUCUUCAGCUUGCAACUAACAUUCUCUGCAGCGACACAGUGUCCCCUGUCUCCAUGGUUCGGCCAGUGAUGAAAGCUUUAAUAAAAAAACUAGAGCCUCAGACCUCUGGCGACCAUCUAGUCGAGAAUUUCAAAGAAAUAAUUCGGCUGGAGAUAUCUCGCCGAUUCUCCUUGGACUGGGACGCCCAACCGACAUCGGUGUCUGCACGCCAGAGAGCAUCUUUCCUCGAUCCAAGGUACAAAAGCCUUCAGUAUGAGGUACCAGGCGCCCGGGAGGCAAUCCGUGCCAAUUUUCGAGAAUGCUUGACGACUUGGCAACUUCGGAUGACCAAAGCGGGACAGACACUACCCAGACCGAAGCAACAGCACUGGACAUAUUGUUCGAUGCACAGCCUCGCGUUAGUGGCCUGUCAGCUCAGUUUGAAGCGUAUCUCUCAGAGCCUCAGAUAGGACAUAACUCGGACGCACUGAAAUGGUGGAAGGACCAUGAGUCCAAAUUUCCACGGCUUGCGGAACUUGCAAAAAAGUACAUGUGCAUCCCAGCCUC